AACAGUCUGAACUCACUCUCAGGUGUUCAUGUUUCAGGAGCCGCAGGUGUGCUGGUCGGACAUCCGUUUGAUACGGUCAAGGUGAGACUGCAGGUUCAGAGCGUGGACAAGCCCUUGUACCGCGGCACGUAUCACUGCUUCCAGUCCAUCGUCCGUCAGGAAUCGAUGUUGGGCCUCUAUAAGGGCAUCGGCUCGCCCAUGAUGGGCCUGACCUUCAUCAAUGCCAUCGUCUUCGGCAUGCAGGGAAACGCCAUGCGAGUGUUGGGCGCGGAUACGCCUCUGCACCAGUUCCUAGCGGGCGCAGCGGCCGGAUUCAUCCAGUGUGUGAUCUGCUGCCCGAUGGAGCUGGCCAAGACCCGCAUGCAGAUGCAGGGAACGGGCGAGAAGAGCGCCUCCAGGAAGAUGUACAGGAACUCUCUGGACUGCCUGAUCCGCAUCCACCGGAAGGAGGGAGUCCGAGGAAUAAACCGAGGAAUGGUGACCACCGUCAUCCGCGAGACGCCUGGAUUCGGCGUCUACUUCCUCGCCUACGAUACGCUGACGCGCGCGCUGGGCUGCGACGCUGACGCCGACUACAUCAUUCCCAAGCUGCUCCUGGCGGGCGGCAUGUCGGGAAUGGCGUCCUGGAUCUCUACUUAUCCCGUGGAUGUCAUCAAGUCCCGCCUCCAGGCGGACGGAGUGGGCGGAGCCAACAGGUACGACGGCAUCGUGGACUGCGUCCGUCAGAGCUGGCGGCGGGAAGGAUGGAGAACUUUCACUCGAGGCCUGACCUCGACUCUCUUGAGAGCGUUUCCCGUCAAUGCCACAACAUUCGCCACCGUCACACUCUUCCUCAUGUACAUGCGCGAGAACGACGACAGCAUGAAGGACUGCGAACCCAUGCAGCCCAACCUGCAGCACAGCAGCCUGUGACUCGAGGAUCUGAAGACUUGAAUCUUCUUGAGAUGGAAACCAGAUUCACUGCCCCGAUAAACCUCCUCCUGACUCCAGACUCUGUCUAAUAAAGAGAAAAGGUCAGCGAACGCAAAGGCUGAACAAUGACCUUACAUUAUCUUAACCACUUUAUGUUUAAAGGACCGUACCGCUGAAUUAUUGGGAUGAAUGAGUGUCUACUGGGUUCGAGGAUUCCCAGAUCAGCAUCUGUAGAAAUGCCUGACGCUGAUGAAGAACCAGAGCGACGUACCGCAGGAGAUUUGGACAUCGACGAUGGGAUCAUUCUAAAACGCUUAACGUGGCUUAAAGACUGUUUUUGAAAGACCAAACUCAGUAAACCCAUUAAUAAAGCAUACUAAUUACAGCCAAGCAGAUGAGCCCAGAAUGCGAACGCAAUGCGUUUAAUUAGGUGUUGGAGCGUUUUCCUCCCAUAUAACAUUAUAAAGAAAACGCUUAACAUGGCUUAAUGCAUUAAAGACAGUGUUUUUGAAAGACAAAACUCAGUAAACACAUUAUUAAUAAAGCAUACCAUAUACAGACAAGCAGAGCCUAUAAUAAAACAGUUUUAAUGCAUCCACAUUGAUGUUUUCCUAUGGGAAGAAAACGCUUAACGUGUUAUUAAACGCAUUGUGUUCGUAUCCUGGACUCAUCUGCUUGUCUGUACAUAGUAUGAUUUAUUAAUAACCUGUUUACAGAGUUAGGUCUUAUAAAAACACCGUCUUAACUCAUUAAGCCUUUUAGAAUGUCUCUCAAUAAUCUCGUAUGAGAGAACUGUGACACGUCUGCAAGUUAUUUAUCCCGUUCCCACACUGUCCAAAAUAAUGUGCAAAAUUGUAUCUUUAACGAUACAACAGCGUGUGACUGGGACAGAACUGUUCAGGGGACAAAUCUGUACCUUAUUUACACCUAAAAGGUGAAUAUUAUACAAGUCAUAAGGCUUCAAGGUCAUGGCUUCAGUUCCCAGGAAAAGCAAGAGCUGAUGAAAUGUAAAUGUGUACUUUGAAUGCAAUGUAAGUCGCUUUAGAUAAAAGUGUCUGCCAAAUGCAUAAAAGUAAAUAUUAGUACCUUAGAAUAGCAAUAUGUGCGCUUAAAGUACUACUAUGCACUUUUUAGGGGUAAAUGAAGUGCAAAGUUGACUUCUGUUACAGUGGCAAGCUGUUACAACCCUAUAAGUACAAUUU